GCCCCUCCGCGCCCCGCCCCGCCCCGCCCCUGUCCCCGCCCGGCCGCGGCUCGGACCCUGCCCGGGCGGUGGCGAUGGCGGUGCUGGCUGCGUUCCUCCGCGCCCCGAGUCAUUAUGCUGCUUGAAAUACUGCUGACACUGGCCUUUGGGGCAGCUGCCUACCUAUACUUCUUUAGGAAGAAGGAGGAGACAUUACCCAUUGAAGACAGAUGGUGGGGCAGCGGCCAGAAACCUGACUCCGAAGAAGAUGCAACUGUUCAUCCGUUUAAGGUGGAAACCACAGAUGAAGAACUGAAUGACUUAUUUAGAAGACUUGAUCAAGCUCGAUUCACGGAACCACUGGAAGACAGUUGCUUCUACUAUGGCAUUAACUCUGUUUAUCUCAGGAAAGUGGUCUCCUACUGGAGAAAUCAGUUCAACUGGAAGAAGCAAGUGGAAGUUCUUAACAAAUUCCCACACUUCAAAACUAAGAUAGAUGGCAUCAAUGUCCAUUUUCUUCAUGUAAAGCCUCCCCACCUACCUGAAGGCCACUCUGCAAAGCCAUUAUUAAUGGUUCAUGGCUGGCCUGGCUCAUUCUAUGAGUUCUACAAAGUUAUCUCUCUCUUGACGGAUCCAGCGAGCCACGGCCUGAGUGAUGAACAUAUCUUUGAGGUCAUUUGUCCAUCCAUCCCUGGCUACGGCUUCUCAGAAGCACCACAUAAACAAGGAUUUGAUUCUGUGUGUGCUGCCUCUGUCUUCUAUAAACUGAUGCUCAGAAUGGGAUUCCAUGAAUUCUAUGCUCAAGGAGGGGACUGGGGCUGGCUGAUCUGUACUAACCUGGCUCAGAUAGCUCCCAACCACGUGAAGGGCCUCCACUUAAACCUGGUUUCGGUUUUGAACAUGAGAUUUACGCAGUUGCUGUCCAUUCUGUUGGGCCGCUACUUCCCAGGACUCUUUGGAUUCCAGGAGGAAGAUGUCAGGCGGAUGUUUCCUUUCUUGAAAAAGGGCCUGUAUAAGAUGUUGAUGGAGUCUGGCUAUGCUCACAUUCAAGCUACAAAGCCCGACACUGUCGGCUGUGGCUUGAAUGAUUCACCUGUGGGGCUGGCUGCCUACAUCUUGGAGAAGUUUUCGACAUGGACCGAUCCUGAAUACCGGAAACUGGAGGAUGGAGGACUAGAAAGGAAGUACACUCUGGAUGACCUUCUCACUAACGUCAUGAUCUAUUGGGUGUCGGGCUGCAUGGUUUCUGCGAUGCGUUUCUACAAGGAGAAUAUGGGGAAGGGGAUUGGCACACAGAAACAUGAUAAGCUCCCAGUACGAGUACCAACAGGUGUUGCUUCUUUCCCCAAUGAAAUCAUGCAUACUCCUCGGUCUUGGGCACAGAAGAAGUAUACCAAUAUCAUCACUUUCAACUUAAUGCCCCAAGGUGGUCACUUUGCAGCCUUUGAGGAGCCAGAACUUGUGGCUGCAGAUAUUCAACAAUUCGUAGGGAAAGUGGAAAGGGAAGAAUGCUGGAGAAAAAUGAGGAAAUAACUGCUUUUUAGGGUGCCUUGACUUUCAGCACUUUGAAGCAGGGGUUCCCAAACUGUGUACAUGUACCCCUGCAGGUACACCAGACAUCUCUGGGAGGUGAACGGGAAAACUUGUGUAAUGGCAAAUUUAAUUUUCAUUAUAAUAAAUAACUGGAAUGUAAGGGGUUAAAAUAUAGAACGUAUGCUGGUAGAGGUAGGUGGGCAGCUGGUAAGUCUGGAAGACAGUACGCAAUAAGAAAAAGUUUGGGAACCUCUGCUUUAAAGUAAAGCAAUAAGGCCUCUGCUAUAGUUUGGGUAAUUUACAGCCCACCCUGAACCAACGGUGAAAGACAAGAUAAAGCAAUGAGGGUAGGAAAUUUAGACUGGAUCCUGCUCUGCCCUUAAAAUCUUAUGCAGUUGGACCUUGCAACUUCCCUUUGAUUUGGGCCUGGCAUUGAGAAGACAUCUCUAAAGACAAAUUGAUAUAAAAUUAGAUUAACUCUUUCUUGCACUUCAAUUAGCAGCUCAUGACCAGCAGCUACUGUAACUUCAGCUAGUGUUACUAGCCUGAGCUUCAGCACCGCUUGAGCUCUCAUAAGCCAGUUGGCUUCAGUUUUAAAGAUCAUUCAACUCAUGUUAGAGUUGUAGUUAGAGUAGAAAUCAAGUUAUAGCCCAAGUGCAGUUAAGAUAAGUCCUUAUAGAUAGGUAUUAAAGCAGAUUGAGGUGUCCAGCUCUUUGCAGGACGCGGUUGAUUUCCUUGCCAAAAGGUCAGACACAAUAUUUUAACGUGCAACUAACUGAACUGCUUGCAGCAAUUAAUCUUUCAAUAAAGAAACACACAUUAAACUUCUUCCUGGUGAAUUUAAGCCUUUCUCCGAGCAGAAGAAAAUUCAUGCUCUGCAGGGAUUUUGUUUAACCCAGCCACCAAUCACUGACAAAGCUUUCAUCAAUACUGUAUCAUACCUGCUGCUAUUUGCACAAUACAAAAGGUCAAAGCAAAGGCAGCCUGUGGUGGAGAACUGAAGGUGUAAAGCUGUAUGUUUUGCCAGUAGGCUCCACUAGUUGCAAUUGAACUUCAAAUGCUUAUGUACUAUAUCCAGCUAACUAACGUGUUUUAUUCCACAGCUAUGUCUAAUAUAAUUCUGUAUCCUCUCAGCACUGGAAGAAAUAAAUAAAUAUCUCUUAAGCAAUUAA